AUGUUUGAGGAUUACAAAAUAUUAUACUUAUACAGAACUAAACAAUACGAAGAAUGUCUCCAAUUGUGCGACAAAGUACUGAAAGAUAAAAGUGAUCGUAUGGUAGAGUUCAUUCGGAUGCGCGCAAUGACGUCACAAGUGAAAGUAGCAGGCAAUGGAUACGAAGAAGUUGAUUAUUUUCCUUAUCAGGAUAGUCUCACGUCUACUGCUUUAGCUAAAACACCACGACCUGGUACUUCUUUUGAUAAGAAAAUCACUACUGCUCAUCUGACCCAAUCAAACGCUAUGGACAUCGCCUUUCAAGCGCAGAAGACCGAUCUUACGGUUGACUGGUGGUGGAAUUAUUCCCUAGCCCGAUGUUAUUAUACGCUUGGCAUGUACAGACAAGCGGAUGAUUGUCUUCGUCGAGCACUUAAACUGACUAAACAUAUUUGUAUUUAUCUUCGUUUAAUAGCUCUGUAUGUUGCUAUGAAUCAGCCUAUUUCGGCUCUAGAUGUGUGUAAACAGGGGCUAUCGGUUUUCCACGAGUACCCGUCUUUACUUAUAGAACAGGCUAGAAUCAAUGAGCGGAUGGGUAACUCCGCUGUUGCAGUGAAAGAUUAUAGAAUGGUCGCUUUACAAGAUCCAUCAAAUAUGGAAGCUGUUGCCAAUAUUGCUAUGUAUAAUUUUUACAACGAUCAACCAGAAAUAGCGAUGCGUUAUUACAGACGUUUGCUCGCUACAACUCCACCUGGCUCAGAAAUUUACAAUAACCUUGGCCUUUGUUGCUUUUACUGCAGCCAAUGGGAUCUUAUUUUACCUUGCUUUCGGCAGGCUCUAUUCUUUUCAGCGGAUCCGCCAUCAAAGGCUGAUAUAUGGUUUAACCUUGGACACGUUGCAUUGUCUACUGGCGACACGAUAUUAGCAAGACGAUGCCUACAAGUAAGUCUAGCAAUUUUUGAAAAGGAAUAUGUGAGACAAGCGUUAAGGGCAUUAGAAACCCGAUUACGAGCAAGAAAACAUUAA